CUCAUGAACAAAGUGUGUGAUGCAGCCUCAGAGUCCAUUGGGAAGAAGGAACUGCUGCAAUAUUUUAAACAGAAAGCGGAAGCUUUAGAGAGUGAAACUUGCAAGACAUGUCCGACACGGAAGGAAACUACGACCCUUCAGUGUGGGCACACUAUCUGCGAAGCCUGUCUUUUCGUCAAAGAACAACGGAUGUGUCCCGUGUGCAAAACCGGAAACAUGCCGCCUGGAGAAAUGAUUACAACAGUCAUCCCUGACGAGCUGCCAGGCAACAGGUUACAUGACACCAUUGAGAUAAAAUACGUAUUUCAGGACGGAAUUCAAACUGAGGGACACCCAAAACCUGGAACCGAGUAUCAUGGUGAAACAUUCACUGCCUACCUGCCCAACACUUCCGAGGGGCAGAAGGUGCUGGCUUUGCUGAAGGUCGCCUGGAAGAGGAAACUGACCUUCCAGAUUUACCACGACCCUCUUGGACUCUAUUUGCUGAAAUACUGCAUCCAUCACAAGAAGAUGAAAGUCGUAAAUACUAAUACUGAUGACAGUUAUCCUGAUCGCAACUACCUUGGAGGAGUCCAAAUGAAACUGGCUGAACUGGGGGUUACAGAAGAUAGUCUCAAGUAGUUACAGAGUAUUCCCUCAAGUACUUACAGAAGCAGAUUGGUUCGCGGACCGAAGGUAAGGUGUAUAUUAAGCUGUCUCGAAGGAGAGUUCACCAGAACUUUGUACUGAUGGAUAAGGUCGAGCCUGCAAUUGGGCAACAUCAUGCCAGAGCCACCAUCAUGGGAAGUAUGUUUCACCGGACUGACUUGAUAUGUUUGACUGUACCCAGAUGGUCUAAUCAUGUUUGUCGAAAUAAUGUGUUUUAUUUUCCAAUUAUCAACAUAUGACCUUCUUUGUGCACGAGACGACAUCAUACACAGGAAGACAUGUGUUGUUAACAGAACUGUCACGAAGUGAGUGCUGGGUGCUGUUCAGCUGGAGCAGAAGAAGCAGGAACAAUAUGAACAGGAUGUGCACACAGAUCCAGCAACAGCCCAACAUGGUACAAUAUGUUUGGUGUAUCAUAAUAUGUCUUGCAGACUGGGCGAGGUCGAAAUGACAUAUAUCUGUCAUUGUAUUGUGAAUGAAUGAAUGAAUGAAUGAAUGAAUGAAUGAAUGAAUAUCCUCCAGAAAUUACAUCAUUCUCUAUUAUUUCUAAGAGCAAAUGCAUAGUUCUAGUAUUUACAUAAAUAUGUGCAUAAUAACAUAAAUAAUUCCACCAUAUCCUCAUUUGUAGUUCAUAUUAACUUCACAUUUACUAUCAACUAGCUUCAAGGGUGAUACUACAUGAUCCUUAUUAGUUUUGUAAAGCCAAUGACAUUUUCAGAUGAUUUCUUGUCGGAAACCGGUACCAUAAUGUUUCAUAUGUUCAUAUUGUCAACUACUGCGUAAAUAUGUGCUUGAUGAGACAUGUUGCAAUGCAUUUAAUCAUUUUCAUGCAUGUUAUUAAUAAAUCCUGUUCCCUGUUUUUCAUGAUGAU